AUGUCGGAGACAUGGUGGAAAUGCUUAUGGUAUGAAGAAAACAUGAGGCACCACCAGUUACAUCUGGUGAUCAAGGCUUUCCUGUGUGGCUGCAUCAGUGGCACAUGCUCUACCCUCCUUUUCCAACCUCUGGAUCUCCUUAAAACACGCCUGCAAACCCUCCAGCCCUCAGAUCAUGGGUCUAGACGUGUUGGGAUGUUGGCUGUACUCUUGAAGGUGGUUCGCACAGAGGGUCUUUUGGGCCUUUGGAAAGGGAUGUCCCCUUCCACUGUGAGAUGUGUCCCUGGCGUUGGAAUCUACUUUGGCACUCUCUACUCUUUGAAGCAGUAUUUCUUGCAAGGCCAUCCCCCAACCGCCCUGGAGUCAAUCAUGCUGGGGGUGGGCUCUCGCAAUGUUGCAGGGGUCUGUAUGUCACCCAUCACUGUAAUCAAGAUGCGCUAUGACAGUGGGAAAUAUGGCUAUGAGAGUAUCUACGCUGCCCUGAGGAGCAUCUAUCGCAGUGAGGGGCACCGGGGCCUCUUCAGUGGUCUGACAGCAACUCUCCUUCGAGAUGCACCCUUUUCAGGAAUCUACCUGAUGUUUUACCACCAGACCAAAAACAUAGUGCCCCAUGACCAGUGA